UUUAGUCUUAUCACAAUAAAUUCGGCCUUUUAACUCGGAUACUUUAUUCGAAUAAACUUUAUUCGAAUAAAUUUGAUUGUGAAAAUAAAUGUGAUAAAGAUUAACUCAUUAAAGCUUGUAUACUGUUAAAAAUAUUCAGAAUCUCAUUUGACCAUCUCGAGCUGUUGUGACAACCAUCAUAUGACAUCAUAUUUAUAUGAAUAUAUUUAUGUCGAAUGCCACUGAAGAGAAAGGGUGUGUCCUUGAGAGAGAGAGAGAGAGAGAGAGAGAGAGAGAGAGAGAGAGAGAGAGAGAGAGAGAGCUUGUUGCUCUCUGAUGCUAGAGCCGCAGGUGAUGAUGGAUCGAUAGAAGGAAGAGCUGCUGCUCGCCUCUCGCGCCGUGUCUUUCACCUGUCCGCGCGCUCAGGGCUGGUCGGUGGCGCGCGCUCCUUUGAGGCGCUCAUUCCCCUCAGAGACGCGCUCGAGAGCGUGAGUGUGUUUUCCUCUCGCGCGCCAGGAAUAAAGCGAAGACUUCGGUUCGAUACUUCAGUUCAAUGAGGCUGUUCGUGAACUAUUGGAGUACUCCAGCAUCGCCACAGCAUCGUAGAGUAACGUUACCCCCCUCGCGUCAUGUCUCACUCUGAGAGAUGGGCAAGUUCGACGAGCACGAGAGGGUAAUCCUCAACGUCGGGGGCACGAGGCACGAAACCUACCGGACCACGCUGAAGACCCUGCCGGGCACGCGUCUGGCCCUGCUCGCCUCCGAGUCGGACCUCGAGUCGGUUCUGGACCAGCUGCAACAAGUCCCGGGCUUCAUAGAGUACAACGCGCGCAGCAACGAGUACUUCUUCGACCGGCACCCGGGCGUCUUCGCCUACGUGCUCAACUACUACCGGACCGGGAAGCUGCAUUGCCCGGCGGACGUGUGCGGACCGCUGUUCGAGGAGGAGCUGUCCUUCUGGGGCAUCGAUGAGACGGACGUGGAGCCGUGCUGCUGGAUGACCUACCGACAGCACCGGGAUGCUGAAGAGGCGCUGGAUGUGUUCGAGAUGAAUGUGGACAACGACGAGGACGACGAGUACGGCAAGCGGCUGGGCAUCGAGGACGUGGUGUCAGCGGACGGCACCAUCAGCAGGUGGAGGAAGUGGCAGCCGGUCAUCUGGAACCUGUUCGAGGACCCGUACUCCUCUAGAGCCGCCCGGUUCAUUGCGUUUGCCUCCUUGUUCUUCAUCCUGGUUUCCAUCACAACCUUCUGCCUGGAGACCCACGAGGCCUUCAACACGAUCAUCAACAAGACAGACGUGUUUCGCAAUGACAGUUUGACGGACCCCAGUCAGCAGUACGAGAUUGAGACGGACCCGGCGCUCACCUACGUGGAGGGAGUUUGCGUUCUCUGGUUCACCUUCGAGUUCCUUGUGCGCGUGACGUUCAGUCCGGAUAAGCUGGAGUUUGUCAAGAGCGUCCUCAACAUCAUAGACUUUGUGGCCAUUUUGCCGUUUUACUUGGAGGUCGGAUUGAGCGGACUUUCCUCCAAAGCGGCCAAAGAUGUUUUGGGCUUCUUGCGGGUGGUGCGGUUCGUACGCAUCUUGCGGAUCUUCAAGUUGACGCGGCACUUCGUGGGCCUUCGCGUACUGGGACACACUCUCCGCGCGAGCACAAACGAGUUCCUGCUCCUCAUCAUCUUCCUGGCGUUGGGCGUGCUCAUCUUCGCCACCAUGAUCUACUACGCCGAGCGGAUCGGAGCCAGUCCGAACGACCCUACGGCCAGCCACCACACUAUGUUCAAGAACAUCCCCAUUGGCUUUUGGUGGGCUGUGGUCACUAUGACCACUUUGGGUUAUGGAGACAUGUACCCUCAAACGUGGUCUGGCAUGCUUGUGGGCGCGCUGUGCGCCCUCGCCGGCGUGCUUACGAUAGCUAUGCCGGUGCCCGUCAUCGUCAAUAACUUUGGCAUGUACUACUCGCUAGCCAUGGCCAAACAGAAGCUCCCCAAGAAGAGAAAGAAACACAUCCCUCAGGUUGUGCAGACGGGCUCGCCGUCGUACUGCAAAACGGAUCUGAGUACAGCAUGCAACAGCACGCAGGGAGAGCUGUGCCUCGGACAGAGCAGAGGACUAGAGCGCCACCGCUCAGUGUUGUCUGCGGACUGCAGCGCAGGAAGUGACAUCACGAUGUCUCCAGAGGAGCGGAUACCCAUGCGUCACUCCAGUGUGCGUGAACAGGACCGUCACACCGAAGGCACGUGCUUCCUAUUGGCCGCCAGCGACUACACCUGCACAGCAGACGCAGCUAUUCGCAAAACAGGCUUUGAGAAAUCCCGAAGCUUAAACAACAUAGCCGGCACUCUCCGUCUCUCUCCAGUGACCUCGCCCUGUCCCAUUCGCCGCUCCCGUUCCCCUAUCCCGUCCAUCUUCUGAGGCCACGCCUACUCACGCAUAGCCCAAUGUACUGCAAAGACUCUGCCCACUAUGGGCGUGGCUAUACAUUAUCCUCUCCCUCUGUGAAUAUAGUCAUUAUUAUGUAUAGAACUGUAUAUAGAGUGACAUAAGACAUUUAAAAAAAAAGAAAUAUUAGGGUGAAUCUCACAAAAUCAUCAUAGAAGAAAUGCUUAAUGAAAAUGAAGCCUAUUUCAGUUUCUCCUCAAAUCAUCAAUACUGUAAAAAUUUGUUUGUAAUUCCCAUUAUUCUUAGUGAUUAUUCUGAGUAGAUUAUAAAAAAUUUGUUGUUUUAUUACAUUAACAUAAAUUAGUAAGUUAUUAAUUUACAUACAUUUCUACCAUGAUGCAAAAUUACUUCACAAUUUAAAAUUUUAAUAAAUAUAUAUAUUGUAUUGGAGUAAUGAGAAUGAGAUUUUUUUUCAUAAAUUACUACCAUGAUGCAUAAUUACUUUACAAUUUGAAUUUUAAAUAUAUAUUGUAUAACAGUAAUGAGAAUUUGUUUUCAUAAAAUAUCACAAUGAUGCAUAAUUACUUUAUAAUUUAAAUAUAUAUACCAUGAUGCAUAAUUACAGUUUAAAAUUUAAAUACAUAUUGUAUUGCAGUAAUGAUAAUUAUCUUUUUCAUUAAUUACUAUGCAUGAUGCAUAAUUACUUCACAAUUUAAUUUUUAAAUAUAUAAAUUCUAUUACAGUAAUGAAUUAAUAUAUUUUUUGCAUAAAACUAAAAUGAAACCCACUUGAUUUGAUUUUCUUGCACUAACUCAGAGAAACAGAAAACAUUUGUUCAGGGAGAGAUCAGGUGACUAACUUCAGAUCUAUUUGACACUGAUGCUUCCAAAAGCAAGAGCAGAAGGAGACGUAGUUACUAAAGCACAACCUGUCUGUAAACUGUCUGUUUGGAUUUAAUUGUCUGUUUGUCUGUGUAAAUGUUUGGAGCUGCCUGUUUGUUGUCGAUGGACGUGCCGUGUGUGCAUGGACCGCUCUGUCUCCGUCUGUAAGGAGAAAUCAAAGGAGACGAGUGUGCGUUGUUGAUCUGAUGGAGAAUCCGUGAACUGCUCGCUUCCGUUUCAUGCAUGACUUCUGUCUGCUCCCCGUCUGUCUCCACCCUCUCUUGGCACGUACUGAACCGGCAUCAUUACACUGGUUGUACACACAGAUAACUGCUCAGAGCUUGUGUUCACGGGGUUCAACCGAACAGAGGGGAACGUUCUGUCUUAAAAGGGAAGGGAACGGCCCAGACGAGACUCACAGCUACUGUAUCACCUCUGGCUGACGUACAGUUUAUAUCGGCCAGAGACGGGGAAG